UUGCUUACCUGUGCUUUCAAUCAAGAUGGAGGAUGCCUAGCCGUUGGCACAAGCACUGGAUUCUCCGUGCACAAUCUACAUCCCAACUACGCUGUUUCCGUUUCACGGACUCUGCAAGGUGGUAUAGGAGUCGUGGAAAUGCUCUUUCGAUGCAAUCUCAUGGCGUUGGUAGGUGGUGGCCCGUCUCCGCAAGCAUCGCCACAUCGAGUUUUGAUCUGGGACGAUCACAUUCCCAAAGAAAUCGGAGAAUUGACCUUUCGGCAGGUAGUGCUACGAGUACGGAUGCGGAAAGACACGAUUGCGGUAGCCUUGCGUGACCGAGUCUAUGUGUACCAUUUGGCGGAUCUGAGCUUACGGGACAAGAUAUAUACGGCAGAUAAUCCGCACGGUCUGCUGUGCCUAUCGACGCAGAUUCAAGACAUGGUUCUGGCUUGUCCGUCGGUGACGACCGGACAUGUGCGUGUUGAACUUUAUGGAUUACGGAAAACAGUACUAAUGGAGGCACACGAAAGCGCCUUGCGUGGACUGGCGUUGACGGCUGAUGGUUCCAAAUUGGCGACCGCCUCGGGCAAGGGAACGGUGAUUCGGGUAUGGGAUGUGGCCACGGCAACUUGUUUGCAUGAGUUCCGCCGAGGUGUCGAGCGGACCACUAUAACCUGUCUUGCUUUUAGUUGGAAUCACGCCUACCUAGCGUGUACGAGUGAUAGGGGGACGACUCACAUUUUUGCUGUUCAAGAAGCGGAA